AUGAGUAAAAGUAAAAGUUACUUUUAUAAAAAAGGAGUCAAUUGUAAUAAACCGUUUAAAUCGGCAAGAGAACAAAAUAGCAAUGCUAAUCUUUUUGGAGAAAAAAGUAAUAGACGAGGAGAGUCUUUUCCUUCAAAACAGGAAAGACCGGAUAAACCUCCUCCAGGAUUAAAAGGAAAAGAAAUCGGGUUGUGGUAUAGAGAUAGACAACGUAGUAAAGAUGAAAAACCAUUAUCAAUUGUUUUAAAUGCUAGUAAAUUAGAUGAAAUUGAAGAAGUCCUAUACAAAGUGGGUACUUUGAAAGAAGAUGUUAAAUUUCAUAAAGAUUUUCAACAGAGGUUUUUAGAAAAAAUAAAUGUUACUUUCGAAGAAAAACUAAAUCAAUCUGAUAUUGUUAAAUUUAAAUCUGAUCCUGAAUUAGAUGAGGAAUUAUAUGAAGAAAUAAAUAAAAAAAAAGGUCAUAGUAAGCAUUUUCAAAAAAUGCUUGAUUUUCGACAAAGGUUACCCUCAUUCAAAAAAAGAAAAGAAUUGGUUGAUUUAAUUGAAAACAAUCAAAUGAUUGUUAUUUCAGGAGAAACAGGUUGUGGAAAAACCACUCAAGUGGUUCAAUUUGUAUUAGACGAUUACAUAUUUAAGAAGAAAGGAUCAUUAUGUAAUAUUGUGUGCACUCAACCGAGAAGAAUAAGUGCGAUUUCGGUUGCUGAAAGAGUUGCAUUGGAAAGAGAUGAAAAAAUUGGUGAGAGUGUUGGUUACAUUAUUAGAUUAGAAAGCGAAGUACCAAAAAGAAAAAGCGGAUCGAUUACUUAUGUCACUACUGGAGUUUUAGUUCAAAUGCUUCAAUCUGAUCCAGCAUUAAAGACACACUCUAGACCUGAUCUGAAAGUUGUAUUAAUGAGCGCAACAUUAAACGCGGAUCGUUUUUCCGAAUAUUUUGGCGGAAUACCUAGAAUAGAAAUUCCAGGUUUUACUUAUCCAGUUGAAGAAAUUUAUUUGGAAAAUAUAUUAACUAAAAUGAAAUUUCAGUUUCCUAUUUCCAGGAAAAAACUUGAUCCCGUUUUUAGUAAUUAUGUUAUACCGUACAUUAAUAAUUUGGAAAAAUCAAAUGAAUUCCCACGGGCUGUGACAAAUAUACUAAGGAAUCCAGAAUCGGAAUCUCUUAACGUUCAAUUCAUAGCUCAAGUCAUUGAAUUUAUUUGUAACACGGAACCGGAAGGAGCCAUAUUGGUUUUUGUUCCUGGUUUAGCACAAAUUCAAGAUUUAAAUAAAUUGUUAAAUUCCAAAACUUACGGUUCUCGUAGAAAUUUAAUUAUUCCAAUGCAUUCCAUUUUACCAACGGUCAAUCAAAAGCAAGCAUUUCAAAGGCCACCACCGGGAGUUCGAAAAAUAAUUUUAGCCACGUCCAUUGCAGAAACGAGCAUAACGAUAGACGAUGUCGUUUACGUCGUGGAUUGUGGUAGGCUUAAGGCAAAAGGUUUCGAUUUAAAAAAAAACGUUAUGACUUUAGAGCCCGAGUGGGAAACUUUGGCCAAUGCAAGACAGAGAAGAGGACGAGCUGGACGAAUUCAACCAGGGAAAUGUUAUAAAUUAUUUACGAGAGCCAGAGAAGAAACAUUUGAACCGUUUCCGAUUCCAGAAAUGCAAAGGACUCGUUUGGAAGAAGUUAUAUUGCACGCUAAAACUUUGCAAUUGGGUCGCAUCCGACCAUUUUUAGAAAAAUUAAUGGAUCCUCCAGAUGCGGAAGCGAUAAAUUUAUCUCUUAAAAUGCUUUUGACCAUCAACGCACUCGACAACGAAGAACGUUUGACUCCUUUGGGUUAUCAUUUGGCAAAAUUACCCAUGGAUCCCCAAACCGGGAAAAUGAUACUGAUGGGAGCCCUUUUCAGCUGUCUCGAUCCGAUACUUUCUAUAGCUGCUUGUCUCAAUUACAAAGAUCCCUUUAUCUUCUUACUCGGAAGCGAAUAUAAAGUCCACGAGAAAAGAUUUAAAUUUUCACGCGGAGAAAAAAGUGAUCAUUUCAUGUUGAGCGAAGCGUUUAGAGAAUGGGAAGAAGCCGAAUAUGGCGGUUUCGGUUUGAAUUUCGCAUACGAAAAUUAUUUGUCGAAUCAUAAUUUGCAUUUAUUAAGGAGCAUGAAGAGACAAUUUGCGAGACAUUUACAAAAAAUGAAUUUUAUAAUUAGCGACGAUCCUAAACAUCCUACGAGCAAUUAUAAUUCACACAACGUUAGCCUGAUAAAAGCAUUGGUGUGUUCAGGACUUUAUCCCAACGUGGCCAUGAUAAAGAAAGUCGUUAAAAAAAAAACGGAAGGAGUUAGUAGAGUCGUUUGGAAAACGGCAGAUCAUCCGAAAGUCGAAAUACACGUCAAAUCCCUUUUGGAAAAAGUCAAACAUUUCGAAAGUCCGUUUUUAGUUUAUUUCGAAAAAAUAAAAAGCAGUUCGAUAUUUUUACACGAUGCGACCAUGGUCUACCCGAUGGCUCUACUGUUCUUCGGCGAAAGGUUAAACAUCAUCCAAGAAAAUAACGGAUAUUCCGUGAGAGUCGACGACAUGAUCAAAUUCAUAUGUUUUAAAAAAACUGCAUCUCUCGUUCAGAAAUUGAGAACACAAUUGCUUCUUCUCCUCGAAUCCGCCAUAUCGAAUCCUGGAGUCGUGGAUUGGGAAAAAGAAAGUCAAACGACCGUUAUUUUAAGAGCCAUCGUCAAAUUAAUCACUUCCGAAGAUCAAACUUCAUUGGAGGCCUUCAACGUUGAUUUCGAAUAA